CUACUCUCCUUUGGAUAUGUACAAUUUCAUAUUCUCCAAACAAAAUCUAAAGUGUCACACCUUUUACUACAUCCUUAUUACUCCGUAUAUAUAUAAGCUCGGGCAGAGGGCAUUUCGGGACUAUUUCACAAAUUCCAUGGAGAACCAAUUCAAACACAAGAUUGCCAGCAUUUUCCGAUCAUCUUUCCGGUCAUGCAAGACCAAGAACAUCCCGGACGACAUCGAAAACAUCGACAUUCUUAAGCCCGCCUCUCCUCCCCGCUUAUUCUCCGACCAUCUCAAUUUGCUCUCGAGGAACAAAAACUCCCCUGAAUUUCCCCCGGCGCCUCUGCCCCCCCGCCGGAGAAAUACCAAAUUCCCGCGCCGCCGCAGCACAAGGAAGCUGGGUUUGGAUUUCCAAGACUUCCCGGAGGUCCGGUACAACGGGUUGUUCAGCAGCGAUGAGGAAACAGAGGAAGACGAAGAGUUCCCCGGAGACGACAAAGACACUCUGUUCUCCUCCGAGUUUUCCGGCGGGCGCAGGGCGGAGAGCAGGAGGAGGAGGUGGCGGCGGAGGAGGGCGGCGGAGGACAGAGUGAAGGUCACGAGGGCGGUGGUGAAGCAGUCGAGAGAUCCGCACGGGGAUUUCAGAGCAUCCAUGCUGGAGAUGAUAAUGGAGAAACAGAUAUUUGGAGCCAAAGAUUUGGAGAAGCUUUUGCAGUGUUUUCUUUACCUGAACUCUCUCCAUCUUCAUGGGGUCAUCAUUCAGGCCGUGCUCAUGGAAAUUGAAGGCCCCGAGGGUUCCGUGUACGCGAAUGGUGUUUUUAAGCUUAAAAUCCAAAUUCCCGAAAGGUACCCGUUUCAUCCUCCUGUUGUGACCUUCGUUACUCCUAUAUAUCAUCCGAAUAUCGACAAUGGAGGUCGCAUUUGCUUGGAUAUACUCAAUCUUCCUCCAAAGGGUGCGUGGCAACCAUCUUUGAAUAUUUCAUCUGUUUUGACUAGCAUUGGGUUGUUGUUAAGUGAACCAAACCCUGAUGAUGGCUUGAUGCAUGAUGCUAGUAAGGAAUACAAAUACAAUAUGCAAGCUUUUUAUCAGAAAGCAAGAUCCAUGACAGAAAGGUUUGCUAUGCCCCGAGCAAGUGAAGAUGGUGCUUAUGUUUCUCACAUAGAAAUUCAAACUCGAACAAGUCCUCGCACAGAAAAGCUGCAGGUUGACGAUAGGAGAUCAGAUGUGCCAAGCUCUUACUCAAUUCAAAGCCAAAAUAGAUUAAGUGGUGUUAGCAGAAAGUUGUCUCUGGAUUCUUCAGGAUCAAAGCUGCAUAAUGCUGGUACUGUGGUAGUUGAAGUGGCUGAGUUGAAUCACUAUAAAGACUCAACUAAUAAGAAAGUGAAUGAAAUCUCUGCUAAUGAUGACUUUGACAAUCACAUUGAAUCCGAAGGGUUAAAACGGAAGACAAUCACUGUGGAGGGAGUGAAUGGGAACCCUGUUCAGUAUCCAUCUGACAAUCAGAUAGAGUCCGUAUAUGGAAUGGGGAGUGUGGAUAUAAGCUUGAAGCUGAAACAGUCACUAAAACACAACGAUUCGAAACCACAAAGUGGCAAGGAAUUGCGCACCAUAUCUCAUCCAUCAGAUAUUCCACUGCCUGAAACCGCUAGUCAUCCCCGCAUGGACACUGCCGAUAGAAACUUAAACAUGUUCACCUCAAUGAAGCACAAAAGGCUUGGUUUAUCUGGUAGGAAAAUGACUUUGGGGUCAUCGCGAUCAUCUCAGAGCCUGCAAAAUAACAAAGAGAAUCUAAUCUCUUCCAGCAGCUUUGCUGAUUCAAAGGCCAAUUUGCAUUCUGAACCAUUGGACUUGUGUGCAAUGUCAGAAGGCAGUGAUUUUUACGGUCAUGCGGCGAAGUCUUCUGCCAUAGGUGGCAAUAAGCUGGGCGGGAAUCUGCGAAGGCAACCUUUGCAAUCUAAUGUACAUCUGCAAGAAAGUGAUGAAACUAAUCUCCAACUGCUCCAGAAACAGCAUGAACAUGACAGAGAGGAAAAACUGCACACAAACAUCAAAGAAAACAAAAUAGCACAACCAACAUCUGAUGAUCCAGUGAUUGUAUUGGACAGCGAGGAUAGUGGAGAUGAAAGGAGAUUGUCUUCAAGGUCUAAACUGUCACUUGUACGAAAACGUUUGCCAACAAAGCAAAAAGUUAAAGCAUAGAACUUCCUGUCUGGUGGAUAGUUAAGGUUUAAGGAAAGGAGCAGGUCUGGUUGCCGUUUGGACAUUUUAUGCACAGGAUAUGAUGCCUAUUAUCG